CAUGCAGGAGAACUAUGAGACAGUGACCUCGCUGGUAGGGUCUCCAGUUUCCGAACCUGAUGUGAUCUUACAGCUGGAACGAGGGGAAGAGCCGUGGGUCCCAGACCGCCAGAGUUCUGAGAAAGAAGUGCCUCCAAGAGCUACUUGCACAGGGAGUGAUCUAUGUCUGGAUUCUCUAAGUCUCCCAUCAGGCGAUGUGACAGUGAGUCAGAAUGAGGAGGAAAAACCCCAUCAGGAAGAUGCUGAGCAAGGAGAACCACAUGGAACUUUAUCAGGAAGAUCCAAAGGGAAUGUUUCCGGGAGUUAUGCACUCCCAGAAAAAACAAAAGCCUGUGAGACUCAGGGGAGGCCAGAGGGAAAUUUUAGUAGCCUCUCAGACCUUAUAACAAGCGACAGAAUCAAUUUGGAAGAGAGACGCUACACAUGCCAUGAGUGUGGGAAAAGCUUCAAUCGGAGCUCACACCUUAGCAGACAUCAGACAAUCCACACAGGUGAGAAACCUUAUGGACGCUCUGAGUGUGGGAAAUGCUUCAUCGAUAGUUCAGCCCUCAUCUCACAUCAGCGAAUCCACACAGGAGAAGCGCCCCACACAUGCUCAGAGUGCGGGAAAAUCUUUGGUUGGAGCUCUACCUUAAACACACAUUGUAGAAUCCACACAGGAGAGAAGCCCUAUACAUGCUCUGAGUGCGGGAAAAGCUUCAAUCAGCGCACACACCUUAUCACACAUCAGAGAAUCCACACGGGAGAAAGGCCCUACACAUGCUCUGAGUGCGGGGAAACCUUUAAUCAGAUCUCAAACCUUAUCACACAUCAGCGAAUCCACACAGGAGAGACGCCCUACACAUGCUCUGAGUGCGGGGAAAGCUUCAAUCAUCGCUCCGCCCUUAUCACACAUGGAAGAAUCCACACAGGAGAAAGGCCCUACACAUGCUCUGAGUGUGGGAAAACCUUUAAUCAGAGCUCAAACCUUAUCAGACAUAGGAAAAUCCACAUGGGUGAGAAGCCCUAUACGUGCAUUGAGUGCAGGAAAAGCUUCAGUCAGCGCUCACACCUUAUCACACAUCAGAGAAUCCACACAGGAGAGACACCCUACACAUGCUCUGAGUGCGGGAAAAGCUUCAAUCACCGCUCUGCCCUUAUCACACAUCGAAGAAUCCACACAGGAGAAAGGCCCUACACAUGCUCUGAGUGUGGGAAAACCUUUAAUCAGAGCUCAAACCUUAUCAGACAUCGGAUAAUCCACAUGGGUGAGAAACCUUAUGGAUGCUCUGAGUCUGGGAAACUUUUCUUUAAUCAUUCAGGCCUCGUCUUACAUCAGAGAAUCCACUCAGGGGAUACACCGUACACAUUCUCUGAGUGUGGGAAAAGCUUCAGGCACAGCUCAAACGUUGUCUCACAUAGGAGAAUCCACAUGGGGGAGAGUGCAGGAAAAGCUCUGAGUGCGGAAAAAGCUUCAAUCAGCGCUCAAGGCUCAUUAGAGAUCAGAAAAUCCACAUGAGAGAGAAUUGUAUUAAAUCCCUUGACUAGGGUUGGCCAACAAAUUUU